AUGCCCAAGGCACCGCCGCCGGUGCAAGUACCCUUGGCAGACGGAGACCCGUUGCUCACCGACUUGAUAGGGGAGCGAGAGUAUAGCAGAGUCUGCCUCCGUCCUAUCAAUAUCGAGACGGAGAUUGCCCCGGGAACUUUCGUUCAAUACUACUGUGAUAGACAGCCUCAACACUGGAACGAUAAAGUUGCAGGCGUACCGUCGAUCGAGGACUGUGCCCUCGCAUGUACCCGCAUCGAAACCUGCAAGGGCACAUUCUGGAAGAGUCACGACGGGACGUGCUGGUGGAGUGACCAGGAAUUCUUGGUAGAAUCGGAUGGAGCAGAUUCACCAUGCACCGUCGUCCCCGGUUCCGUCUAUAUGACUGUUCGGGAGGGCUAUACUGAUGGCUGUGUUCAAGACUUGAUUGAAUGUCACAAAAAAACUCAGGUUCUGGAAGCUGUAGUUGAGUUUUGGAAAGAGAAAGAUCUCGAAUCGGCAAAGCAGAUCAUGGCUUUGACAAGGGAAAACGAGGACUUGAGAAAACAGAGAGAUGAUUUGGAAGAAAAGCUGACCCAAAACUGCGUCUCAUAUGUGAUCAACGGAAGAAACUGGGCGGCUUGUGAACAAAAGCCAAAAAUGAAAUUGCUCGGAAACAUGUCGGGUCUGCCCGUGAUUGCAUGCAUUUUGUUCAACGUAUACGACAUGCAAAUGGGCACAUUUUGCGAGGGCCGGUGGCAGCUCUCGUCUAUGUGUGCUGUAUUCCAACGCCGUUAG